GCAAUGUAAAGAGAUGUAACUAAAAAGAACAGGCCCAAAAUACAUAGGAAAUUUAUCUUGUGAAGAUUGCCUCAACUGGAAAAUAUCUCUAUGCCGCAUCACACUGCGCACUCUGGCACUACAAAUACACGUUUGAUUUCUUUUUCGUAAUUCAAGAUGUCGAAGAGAGGACGUGGUGGGUCGGCUGGAGCCAAAUUCAGGAUAUCCCUGGGUCUACCAGUUGGUGCAGUUAUCAAUUGUGCCGAUAAUACUGGUGCCAAAAAUUUGUAUGUCAUCGCAGUACAAGGAAUCAAGGGCCGCUUGAAUCGUCUGCCAGCGGCAGGAUCUGGCGAUAUGAUCGUAGCCACUGUGAAGAAGGGAAAACCUGAACUUAGAAAAAAGGUGAUGCCUGCGGUGGUCAUACGGCAACGGAAACCAUUUCGUAGGAAGGAUGGGACAUUUAUAUAUUUCGAGGACAACGCCGGCGUGAUUGUCAAUAAUAAGGGGGAAAUGAAAGGAUCAGCUAUUACGGGACCUGUUGCGAAAGAGUGUGCAGAUUUGUGGCCAAGGAUCGCAUCCAAUGCCAGCAGUAUCGCAUAGAUCUAUAUAGAAUCCUGUGUAUCCAUUACAAAAAAAUAAAUCUAAUACCCGUACUUUGAUCCUUGA